UAUUUUACAGUCACUCUUAACAGAACUAAUACUGCAGAAUUCAUUUUAAACUGUGUACUUCUCAGGAAACGUUCUGAUGGCAACUUACAAUCCGAGUCCACUAGUGCUGGAAACAACAAGAGAGAUGCAGAUUUCGAGGGCACAGAUGAACCCAUUUUUGGAAAGAAGCCCAGGGUAGAAGAGUCAAUAACUGAAGACUUAAGUUUGGCAGACUUGAUGCCCAGAGUGAAGGUGCAGUCCGUGGAAACUGUUGAAGGGUGUACGCAUGAGGUUGCACUUCCUGCAGAUGAAGAUUAUUUACCACUUAAACCUCGAGUUGGAAAAGCUGCAAAGGAAUACCCGUUCAUCCUUGAUGCUUUUCAAAGAGAAGCUAUCCAGUGUGUUGAUAAUAAUCAGUCUGUGUUGGUGUCUGCACAUACAUCAGCGGGGAAAACUGUAUGUGCCGAGUAUGCCAUUGCGCUGGCCUUAAGGGAGAAGCAGCGUGUAAUAUUUACCAGCCCAAUUAAGGCUCUGAGCAACCAGAAGUACCGUGAAAUGUAUGAGGAAUUUCAAGAUGUUGGUCUGAUGACGGGAGAUGUUACUAUUAACCCUACGGCAUCCUGUCUUGUUAUGACCACAGAGAUUUUGAGAAGUAUGCUGUACAGAGGUUCUGAAGUGAUGCGAGAGGUUGCUUGGGUCAUAUUUGAUGAAAUUCAUUACAUGAGAGAUUCAGAGCGUGGUGUGGUAUGGGAAGAAACUAUUAUUUUGCUUCCAGAUAAUGUCCACUAUGUCUUUCUUUCGGCUACUAUUCCAAAUGCCCGACAGUUUGCUGAAUGGAUUUGCCAUUUGCAUAAGCAGCCUUGCCACGUAAUUUACACAGAUUACCGGCCUACUCCAUUGCAGCACUACAUUUUCCCUGCGGGCGGAGACGGCCUGCACCUCGUGGUGGAUGAAAAUGGUGACUUCAGAGAAGAUAACUUUAACACGGCAAUGCAAGUCCUUCGAGAUGCGGGCGACUUGGCAAAAGGAGAUCAGAAGGGUCGGAAAGGAGGAACAAAAGGACCAUCAAAUGUGUUCAAGAUUGUGAAGAUGAUUAUGGAAAGAAAUUUCCAACCUGUAAUUAUUUUCAGUUUCAGUAAGAAAGAUUGCGAGGCCUAUGCACUUCAAAUGACCAAAUUGGAUUUCAACACAGGUGAGGAGAAGAAGAUGGUAGAAGAAGUAUUCAGUAACGCCAUUGACUGCCUGUCGGAUGACGACAAGAAGCUCCCUCAGGUUGAACACGUACUUCCUCUUCUGAAGCGUGGGAUUGGGAUCCACCAUGGUGGUUUACUUCCUAUUUUGAAGGAAACUAUAGAAAUUCUCUUUUCUGAAGGAUUGAUAAAGGCGUUGUUUGCGACGGAGACUUUUGCUAUGGGAAUUAACAUGCCAGCUAGAACAGUUUUAUUUACAAAUGCCCGAAAAUUUGAUGGGAAAGAUUUUCGAUGGAUUUCCUCCGGUGAAUACAUUCAGAUGUCUGGUCGUGCUGGAAGGAGGGGAAUGGAUGACAGAGGCAUUGUGAUUCUUAUGGUGGAUGAGAAGAUGAGCCCAGCAGUCGGAAAGCAGCUGCUUAAGGGCUCAGCUGACCCCCUGAACAGUGCGUUCCAUUUAACCUACAACAUGGUUUUGAACUUGCUGCGUGUGGAGGAAAUCAAUCCUGAGUACAUGCUGGAGAAGUCCUUCUACCAGUUCCAGCAUUACAGAGCCAUUCCAGCAGUGGUGGAAAAGGUAAAGAACUCAGAAGAGCAAUAUAAUAAAAUAGUAAUACCUAAUGAGGAAAGUGUGUUCAUCUAUUAUAAGAUUAGACAGCAGCUUGCAAAGCUGGGAAAAGAAAUUGAGGAGUAUAUCCACAAGCCAAAGUACUGCUUACCAUUCCUGCAGCCAGGCCGCUUGGUCAAGGUAAAGAACGAAGGAGAUGAUUUUGGCUGGGGAGUCGUCGUGAAUUUCUCAAAAAAGUCGAAUGUUAAGCCCAAUUCGGGGGAACUGGACCCUUUGUAUGUGGUGGAAGUGCUUCUACGCUGCAGCAGAGAGAGCCUGAAAAACUCGGCCACGGAGGCUGCAAAGCCAGCCAGAGCUGAUGAGAAGGGGGAGAUGCAGGUUGUUCCAGUUCUGGUGCAUCUCCUGUCGGCUAUCAGCAGUGUCAGGCUCUACAUCCCCAAGGACCUUCGACCCCUGGACAACAGACAGAGCGUUCUCAAGUCAAUACAGGAAGUUCAGAAGCGUUUUCCUGAUGGUGUCCCCCUGUUAGACCCAGUCGAUGACAUGGGCAUUCAAGACCAGGGCCUGAAAAAGGUCAUCCAGAAAGUGGAGGCUUUUGAGCAUCGGAUGUACUCCCAUCCCCUUCACAACGACCCAAACCUGGAAACGGUGUACACGCUGUGUGAAAAGAAAGCACAGAUUGCAGUAGAUAUUAAGUCUGCAAAGCGGGAACUGAAGAAAGCAAGAACUGUCCUGCAGAUGGAUGAGCUCAAGUGUCGCAAGCGUGUUUUACGGCGACUGGGCUUUGCCACCUCUUCUGAUGUCAUAGAGAUGAAGGGACGCGUGGCAUGUGAGAUAAGCAGUGCCGACGAGCUCCUGCUCACCGAAAUGAUGUUCAACGGCCUGUUCAACGACCUGUCUGCGGAGCAGGCCACGGCGCUGCUGAGCUGCUUUGUGUUCCAGGAGAACUCUAGUGAGAUGCCCAAGUUAACAGAGCAGUUAGCAGGACCACUUCGUCAGAUGCAGGAAUGUGCUAAACGAAUUGCAAAAGUUUCAGCUGAAGCCAAGUUGGAAAUCGAUGAGGAAACUUACCUCAGCUCGUUCAAGCCCCACCUCAUGGACGUCGUGCACACCUGGGCAACUGGGGCAACCUUUGCCCACAUCUGCAAAAUGACAGAUGUCUUCGAAGGCAGCAUCAUUCGCUGCAUGAGGCGCCUGGAAGAGCUGCUCCGACAGAUGUGCCAGGCGGCGAAGGCCAUUGGGAACACGGAGCUAGAGAACAAGUUUGCGGAAGGAAUCACCAAAAUCAAGAGAGACAUUGUGUUUGCUGCCAGCCUGUACCUGUAGUGAGGAGCUACAGGAACGGGGGCGUGCCUGCCCGCCUCCCGCCUGACCACAGAUGCUCACGAGUGUCGCUUGGUUCGCCCAUCUCACAACAGUCGUCCUCAAACGUGUAACCCGUGUUCUAUUUAAAUCAAGCAUAUUACAUACGCAUGUGUACAUAAGCAUUACAUUUUAAUAAAAAUGUACAGGUGA